AUGAAGGCAGAGAAAAGGGAUCAGGAGCGAAGCGGCCCGUUGACCGUGGUGGUGAAGCAGGAGCGUCUGAGCCCGGAACCUGUCGUGCACCCCUGGCCUGAUGCUCCAGGCUCGUCCCAGUCCUCCGCUGAGCCUAGCCAAGCGGGUCAACGCAGGAGCCGAACCCGGGGAGUGAGUCAGUCCCCAGCCAAAAAGAAAAGGAAGUCCUCCUGGAGAAGAAGCAAGUCUCCUCGGACUAAGAGUAGUCGGAGUCCCCGCUACUCCACCGUCAAAGUGAAGCUGGAGAGUGAGGAUCAUCCACGGAGAGGAAGAGAGGAUCCACGGGAGCACGGGAGUGCUCGGAGGAGUGAGCGAGACCGGCACCGGGGCCAUUCCUGCCCAAGGAGGCGCUCUGAGGAGAGGUCUGUCAGUGGGCAGGGUCGGGAUAGAGACAGCCAGAACCUGCAGGCUCAGGAAAAAUGGAGGGACUUUCAUAAUGCCAGGCGCAGGGAGCACCGCCAGCAGAAUGAAAGUGAUAGCGGUGGAGCUCAGGAGGUGAUCCCUCGCCCUGCUGGUAACAGAAGCCAAGAGGUACCUAUUAAAGAAAAACCAAGCUUUGAACUUUCUGGGGCACUUCUUGAGGACACUAAUACCUUCCGGGGUGUGGUUAUUAAAUACAAUGAGCCCCCAGAAGCCCGGAUCCCCAAAAAACGGUGGCGCCUCUACCCCUUUAAAAAUGAUGAGGCACUUCCAGUCAUGUACAUCCAUCGGCAGAGCGCGUACCUUCUGGGUAGACAUCGACUCGUCGCGGACAUCCCCAUCGACCAUCCGUCUUGCUCAAAGCAGCACGCAGUCUUCCAGUACCGGCUUGUGGAGUACACCCGUGCUGACGGCACGCUUGGUCGGAGGGUGAAGCCCUACAUCAUUGAUCUCUGCUCAAGCAACGGAACGUUCUUGAACUACAAGCGUAUUGAGCCACAGAGAUACUAUGAACUGAAAGAAAGCGACGUCCUUAAAUUUGGGUUCAGUAGCAGAGAGUAUGUCUUGCUUCAUGAGUCUUCAGACACCUCUGAACUUGACAGGAAGGAAGAUGAAGAUGAAGAGGAAAUGGUAUCCGACAGCUGGCCACUGAGAGGCAGCAUCCACAGUUAG